CAAAUAGGGGCCGUGGGCACUUGUACGGAGGGAUUUCUGUAUAAGCAUACACAUUCGCUUUCGUCUCGCGCAGUGCUUUUUGCCCUUUCGUUCAAUAGAUUCUAGAUCAUACAUACACUUCCAAUACCCUAGAAGACAUCCUUCCUGGUGGUGCCCACCCCUGCUUCUCCCAAGAUGCCUUUCAACACCGAGUUGACCAGAAAGCUGGGGAUCGAAAUUCCCGUCGUGCAGGGUGGUAUGCAAUGGGUCGGUUACGCUGAGCUUGCCGCUGCUGUUAGCAACGCUGGCGGUCUCGGAAUCCUUACCGCCCUUACGCAACCAACCCCCGAGGAUCUGCGUAAAGAAAUCCGCCGAACCCGUACCAUGACAAAGAAGCCCUUUGGUGUCAACAUAACCCUUCUCCCUGCUCUUGUACCUCCAGACUAUGCUGCAUAUGCUCAGGCCAUCAUUGAUGAAGGAGUCCGGAUCGUUGAAACAGCCGGAAAUAGUCCUGGGCCGGUCAUUAAGCAACUGAAAGCUGCUGGCUGCAUUAUCUUGCACAAAUGCACAACCAUUCGACAUGCUAAAUCUGCCGUGAAGCUUGGUGUUGAUUUCUUGUCCAUCGAUGGUUUCGAAUGCGCUGGCCAUGUGGGUGAAACGGAUAUCACCAAUUUCAUCCUCCUUAGUCGGGCCAGGCAAGAUCUCGGUGUACCAUUCAUCGCCUCUGGAGGUUUCGCUGACGGUUAUGGUCUCGCUGCUGCUCUGGCGUUGGGUGCCGAGGGAAUCAAUAUGGGUACGAGAUUCAUGUGCACUGUGGAGGCGCCAAUCCAUAUCAAUGUGAAGAAGGCCAUCGUGGAUGCCCAAGAAGACGAUACUCAGCUUCUCCUUCGUCGAUGGAGAAAUACAACCCGUCUCUUCAAGAACAAGGUUUCCACUGAAGCGUACAAGAUCGAAAAGGAAAGCAAAAGUGACGAUUUCUCAGAAAUUGCACCUUUUGUAAGCGGCAAGAGAGGCCGUCAAGUUUUCUUAGACGGUGAUGUUGAUUACGGCGUGUGGACUGCUGGACAAGUCAUCGGCCUCAUUCAUGAUAUCCCAACAUGCGAGGAACUCUUGAAGCGUAUCGAAAGAGAAGCUGUCGAGGCAAUGGCCAAAACUAGUGCGCUAUAUGCUCCUUCCUCGGCUCGCCAAACCAAGUUGUGAUGUUCUGUUAGGUUACUUGCGCUUCGCGGAUAAGGGAUUACUACACUCCCUACGUGCAGUUCCAUGUGACGACUUCUUCCUCACUGGGACGGUGUCAGCUUCAUACCUGUAGCCCCUUUUCUUUUUUGCUUUGAAUUGGUGCGGAAGCUGCUCUUGAGCUUUGAAUAUCCUCUGUAAUUGUCAUUUGGAUAUGUUUUAGAUAUACGGAAUAUUAUGAAAUUACAUUAAAUGGUACGCACUAAAUGCUAC